UGACGUCUAAUACACGCGACCGUCACAGAUUCGCACGAGGAAGCUUGUUAUCAACUUUUAAAGGGUAUUUAAAGGCGCUCAAAGCAACAUUAAUAGACUAGUUUAUGUUUCGGACAUUUCGUUUUUAAAUAACCCAGUGGAAAAUGGCCACUUUUGAGUCUCUCGGACUGCACGAGUGGUUGAUUCAGCAGUGUAAGCAGAUGGGCAUCAGCCGACCGACCCCUGUACAGGAGAAAUGCAUUCCUGCCAUAUUGGAGGGUCGGGAUUGCAUGGGCUGUGCAAAAACUGGAAGUGGAAAAACGGCAGCAUUUGUUCUCCCAGUGCUGCAGAAGUUAUCUGAGGACCCUUAUGGUGUUUUCUGCUUGGUGUUAACACCCACCAGAGAGCUUGCUUACCAGAUUGCAGAACAGUUCAGAGCAUUAGGGAAGCCCUUAGGCUUAAAGGACUGCAUCGUUGUGGGAGGAAUGGACAUGGUCACUCAGGGUUUGGAGAUGUCGAAAAAGCCACAUGUUGUUGUUGCUACUCCGGGACGACUUGCUGAUCACAUCCGAAGCUCUGACACGGUUAACCUGAAAAGAAUCCAAUUUCUAAUCCUGGAUGAAGCUGAUCGUCUUUUAGAGCAGGGCUGCACAGAUUUCACUAAAGAUCUAGAGGUCAUUCUCAGUGCUGUGCCCGCAAAACGCCAGACGCUGCUGUUCAGUGCCACGCUCACGGACACGCUGCAGCAGCUGCAGAGCAUCGCCAUGAACCGGCCUUUCUUCUGGGAGCACAAAUCAGAGGUGCAGACUGUAGAAGAACUGGAUCAGAGAUUCAUCCUCACUCCUGAGAAAGUCAAAGAUGCUUACUUGGUCCAUCUUAUCCAAAAGUUCCAGGAUGAACAUGAUGAUUGGUCUAUCAUAAUAUUCACUAACACAUGCAAGAACUGUCAGAUACUCACAAUGAUGCUGCGUGAAUUCAAUUUCCCAACCAUCUCUCUGCACUCAAUGAUGAAGCAGAGACAGCGUUUUGCCAACCUUGCAAAGUUCAAGUCCAACGUCUUUAAAAUUCUCAUAGCCACAGAUGUCGCUGCCAGGGGUUUAGAUAUUCCUACAGUGCAAGUUGUUAUUAAUCACAACACUCCAGGUUUGCCAAAAAUCUACAUCCACAGAGUGGGACGAACCGCUCGAGCUGGCCGAAAUGGUGUGUCAAUCACUCUAGUCACACAGUAUGACAUCCACCUCAUCAGUGCUGUCGAGGAACAGACCCAGGUGAAACUGAAGGAGUUUCUUGUUGAAGAGGCAGAGGUGUUGAAGAUCCUCACCCAAGUCAACGUAACAAGACGACGGUGUGAAAUUAAACUAGAGUCCACUGAUUUUGAUGAGAAAAAGAAGAUAAACAAAAGGAAGCAGAUGAUUCUGGAGGGAAAAGAUCCAGAUUUGGAAGAAAAAAGGAGAAAUGAACUAGACAAGAUCAGCAGAAACAGGAAGAAACUGAAAGGAAAAAAUCCAGAAAGCCUCCAGAACAAAAAGGAAAAGAAAAAACAGAAGGCAGAAACGACGGCAGUCGAUGCGUGAAGUGUUGUCGAUAUUGUAGAUUUACGUAUGUGUAUAUAACAUAAACCAAUGUAUAAAAUAUCUGAUCAAUGUUUCAAAAUAAACAGCAUUUUUUGAACUA